CAUGAGCACAUCAUCUGAAAAUAAUCAACAUCAUGACCUUGACCCAGAUUACACCCACAAACCUAGAAAUGAUAACUAUCACAGUCCUAUCUUAACAGCAACAAAUGUCACCACUGUUGAAAUGGCUUCCUUUCCAGCUGGUACAAUUUUCCUAACCAUCCUUGUAACUGUCCGAGCAAGUGCUUUGCACAAUGAAAGAACUCCAGAAGUUCACUAUGAACCCAACUGGGAUUCCAUAGAUUCCCGCCCCCUUCCGUCAUGGUACGAUGAAGCUAAACUGGGAAUCUUCAUCCACUGGGGAGUGUUCUCAGUACCAAGUUUUGGUUCAGAGUGGUUCUGGGAAAACUGGGAGGGGAAGAAGAUACCUAACUACAUAGACUUCAUGAAGAACAACUACAGACUAGACUGGACAUAUGCAGAUUUUGCUAAAGAUUUUACAGCUGAAUUCUAUGAUGCAAACACAUGGGCGGAGCUAUUUGCAGACUCAGGAGCUAAGUACAUAGUGUUUGUAACCAAGCACCAUGAAGGUUUCUGUAACUGGCCAACGAAUGUCUCCUUCAACUGGAAUUCACAGAUGCUUGGACCUAAACGAGACAUCGUGGGUGAGCUGGAGCAGGCUAUCCGCAGCAAGACAGACCUCCACUUCGGCCUGUAUCACUCUCUAUAUGAGUGGUUCCAUCCUCUCUAUCUGAAGGAUGUUGCCAACAACUUCACAACUCGGGACUUUGUGCUUACCAAGACGAUGCCCGAGUUGUUUGAGCUUGUCAACACUUACAAGCCUGACAUUGUGUGGUCUGAUGGCCCCAUUGGACCAGACACCUACUGGGGAUCCACACAGUUCCUUGCAUGGCUAUACAACGACAGUCCGGUCAAGGAUGUUGUGGUGACAAAUGACCGCUGGGGAAACAACAAAAUAAAAUGUCAUCAUGGGGGAGUCCUCACCUGUUGGGACAGGUACAACCCAGGUGUACUUCAGCCCAGGAAGUGGGUGAAUGCCAUGACAAUUGACAAGACGUCCUGGGGGUUCCGCCGAGAAGCCAGCCUCGAGGACUUUCUCACCAUGGAGGAAAUCAUUGAAACAUUUGUGGAAACUGUAAGCUGCGGUGGCAACAUGCUUAUGAAUGUUGGUCCUACAAAGUAUGGCAUGAUUACACCGAUCUAUGAGGAGAGACUGCGAGGUAUGGGACAGUGGCUGAAGGUCAAUGGAGAAGCUAUCUACGGCAGCAAACCUUGGUCACAUCAGAACGACACCGUCACACCUCGAGUGUGGUACACACAGAAUGAAGGCUUCGUCUAUGCUAUCAUAUUUUCUUGGCCUACUGGAACCAUGAAUAACCUUGUCCUCAGUGCCCCAGUGCCCACUACUAGCACGACGGUCACCCUUCUUGGCUACAUGGGCCAGUUCACUUGGGACAAGCGGUCAUCAGGCGGGAUGACCAUUAAUGUUCCUGCCAUUCCAGUCAACCAGAUGCCAUGCCAAUGGGGCUGGGUCUUCAAACUCACUGGCAUCGAAAACUAAAAUAUAGGGAGAUACCUAUUGUUGAUACUUCAUUCUGCUGAUUGUAGGAAUUCACUUUGCAGCCAUAUAAACUAGAGAAGACAAUGUAUGUAAGACGGCAGUUGGAGAAAAGAUUAUGAAAUUGAUUUGUUUUUAUUCUUGACAUGAAUAGAAUAAAAAUAAAGAGAAUGUAUAACCUUUCCCUUCUUGAAUUUGAACUCAAUCCUUCUGAUUGUCAGAGCGCUGACAUUACCUGCCAUUGUCAGAAUACAAAUUAAGAAUUGUUAUGUUACACGAUUGUAUAUCAUAUAUUUUAUGUCCAUAUAUGUUAUCUCUGCCAGCUGGAAUAUGUCAAACAUCCCAUUAACUGGAGAAUGUGAAAGUAUAUCAGAACUAUGACAGUGCUUCAGUGCAGUGCAGUGAACCAGGAUUCAAAGCAGGGUCAAAGGAUUCUGGCAAGCCUAAGGGAUGCAACUCAGCACAUUGUCAUAUCUUAUAUGACUGGGCCAUCAUCCUUUGAAUAAAUUAUUUCAUACCCAUA